UGAAUAAGUUGUGACGUGUGGUGCGUGGCACAAAUAAAUCGAAUCGAGUGUGCUUGGCGAAAACAAGUGCCUUCUAUAAUUAACGGAGCGCGUGAUUUUGAAACCGACGCCCGUCACGUGACAUUCCGACGCUCACGAGAUGUCGCUAACGUCACGAUUUUAGCAAUGGCGUCAGCAAUGUGGUGGUCGUGAGCACAGCUGACUAGAUUUUCCCCGUAAUGUGUCCUAGUAGGCGAUUGGUGGUGAUUUGAAACAACUGCGUGUUAGUCAAGGCAGCCGCGACGCUAUGUUUGUUUUUGUGAUAGAGUCAAGUCCGAGUGAAAUUUUCUAAAGUUAUUAUAUAAUGCACUCGUUGUGGCUAACUGGUAGACUUAUAUCGCGUGCUAUUUUCAAUGGAAUCAGCAAUAUAUCGACGGCGGCCGAUCCCAACCUACAGAAAAAACCAGACCCGCAGUUGGUGUCGGCCGUUUGUGGCUUCUCAAAGGAGAGGGGAAUACAGAGACUGAUUAAGGGACAAUUCGGGGAUGACGCCUGGUUUACGGCGAAACACAAGUCGGCCGAUGUUUUGGGUGUGGCCGAUGGCGUGGGGGGCUGGAGGGCCUACGGCAUAGACCCGGGGGAGUUCUCCCUCCACCUAAUGCGGACCUGUGAACACCUCGUCAAACUCGGCCGUUUCACCCCAACAAACCCCUCGGAACUCCUAGCCCGGAGCUACUGCGAAUUAUUGCACCACAAGAAGGCCAUUUUGGGUAGCAGCACUGCGUGCGUUGUGGUGCUAAACCGCGACAACAACACCCUCUACACCGCAAAUAUCGGAGAUAGUGGCUUUAUGGUUGUGCGAAAGGGGCGUGUGAUACGUAAAAGUGAAGAACAGCAGCAUUAUUUCAAUACUCCGUUUCAAUUGUCGUUACCGCCGCCUGGAUACCAGGCCGAUGUCUUGUCCGAUCAACCGGACUCCGCUAUUACGGAUAAUUUUCCGGUUGAGGAUGGAGAUGUUAUUCUGGUGGCCACCGACGGAGUUUUCGAUAAUUUACCCCAGAAUUUACUCGUCAAUGAACUGAAAAAGGUUCAAGGCGAGCGUUGCGCUAGCCGUCUCCAAAUGGUGGCGAAUUCCAUUGCCUGGAUGGCGCGCAAUUUAUCGUUCGAUGAGACGUUCUUUUCACCAUUUGCCCAAAGUGCUUUUGCCAACGGUAUCAACACGAUCGGUGGCAAACCGGACGACAUCACCGUUCUGCUGGCGACUGUCGCAAUAUGAGAAAUUUAGGAGAAAUAUUGAAUCGGUUCCUCUAUCGCUAAUUUUAUUUUAUUUACGAAUGCUUGUAGUGCUUUCAUUUGGGAAAUUCAAGUGCUAUUAAAGACGUUUUACGUGAUCAUGAAACCAAAUUUCAUUAUUGGAACCUAAUAUUUAGGUUCCGCCGUGUUUCACUCUUGUUUUAAGUUAGGACGUAUACUCAUCACUUGUUUUAUUUGUGCAAGACUCUGUGAAUUUUUAGUUUUAAUAAAUAGUUGUUACGAGUA